CAAGACGUUUGGAAGUUUCUGAAGAAACCUCAGAUCAGGGUGUAACAGUCACUUUGAGUCAGUUCGUGAACCAUAUAAAGUAUCGAAAAUAUUUCACAGUGGUGUAUUCGUUCCUAUAUCGGCAUAGUAAUAUGUAUGCAUAUACCUAUAUAUGUGACACAUAUACGUGUACCCGUGAAACGACUUUAUAAUUUAAUGAUCCAGUACACUUUGUAACACAUUAAAAAACAAUGAAAGGAUGCCAUGGAUGAACACAGCAAUGACCCUUAUGAACAGCAACUUUAUGCUGUGUUUCAAAGUUGCUUAAUGAAAGACCAAACUGAGCUACAUGAGGAUAAUUGGCUCACUUUAUGCCAUAAAUUACACCUUACGGAACAAAGUGAUGAAUUGAAAUCCUGUAUUCAACAACAUAAACAAGAAAAGCAAUCUAUAUCAUUCCAAGAAUUUAGAACUGCUUUAUUAACUUUAUUAGGAAAAACACAGGAGUUAGUUACUUGUACAGACAAAGAUUUUCCAACGGAAUCUCGAAGUAACCUAAAUUCAUCCAUUGAAGAUAGAAGAAUAUGUAGUUCAUUAUCACCUAAUAAUUCCAACUCUAAUGUAGAUAUUCUAAAUGUAAAAACAGGUGUAAUAUUGGAUGAAAACAGAUUAAAAUGUCUAUGGGAGAAAAUAAAUAGUUGCUUGAAAGAAAAUGUAGAUUGUGCAACAAUGUAUUUUAUAUCUAAUUGCUUAGGAAUUCCAGCUCUUCCAAAACAAAUUACACAAUGCAUUUUCGAGAAGCUCGAUCAAAAUUGCGAUGGAUUAAUUAGUUUGGACGAAUUUUUCAUUAUAUUCCAAAACAGGACAACAAUGGAAGAACAAUUAACACUAGAUAAGAAUAAUGAGUCUAUAAAAGAAUUAAUUAAGUUGGAUAUAAGAAAAUGUACCUUUGACAUGCACACACCUCGCAAAACUAGCUUUACAAGGAACAAUGCUUAUCUAGACACAUGGAAAUUGUCUGGACUUACAAAUACAUCUUUAUUAACGGACAGGGGUAUCAGAACCUCUGAAGUAUGUCUGGCUGAUUUAACAACAACUUUGUGUGAUGAAUUGAAAAAUUUUAAUGAUUCGUUAGAUCAUUCUACCAUUCGAUCACAUAUUAUGCUGCUAAGAGAUGUCCUGAUAUUAUACCAAGAAGAAUUGCACAGUCUGAACCUUAUGAUAGAGAAUAUAAAUGGUGAAAAGGAGAAGUUACGCACGGAUAUUAUUGAAGCUAAUGAGCGAGCUAAUACCCUUGCUCAAGAAAUUGAUGAACAGCAUACACGACAAGAAGAAGUUCUACAAAACCUGCGAAAACAAUUAGAGCAACGUCAUAUUGAAACUAUACAGGAUCUUUCCAAUCAACUUAGUUCUGAACGAGAAACAAAUGCUAGUACUUUGAAGUCAAAGGAUGAGCAAUUGCAAAUAAUCCAGAAAGAAAAUCAUGAAAUUAAAAAUAAGUUUGUGAAUAUUUUACAAGAAAAUCAAGUUUUAGAAACUGAGAAUGAGAACCUCCGUAGCCAAAUAGAAAAACUUAAGCAAUCAAAUAACGAGUUACUAAAUCUGACGAAAGUAUUAGCAGCCGAACAUGAUGAGUCACAGGAUAUAGAGGUGAAACAUCAACAAGAAGUUAUAUACCUAGUCGAUCGUAUUAAACAGUUACAAUCCGAAGCAGUUCUUUUACGAGAUCAGAAUGAUGAACUUACUACAGAAUUAGAAACUUUAAAAGUACGCCAUAAUCCUAUGAAAGACAUAAGACAGAAUAAUUUACAAGGUGAUUGUUCAACUAGAAACAUACAGUUAGACGAGACUGAAGAUAAAGAAGCAUUUAUAGUGGAGGAGGAAGAUCUGCGUGUACUUUUUAAACAUUCCACACCUAUACCCUGCAAUGCCAAUGAAGAAGAAAAUGUGAAAAAUUGUAAAAAGAUAGAUUUAAAAAGUUUUAGAGAGUUGGUUACGCAACAGUUGAAAAACAUAUUAGGGAACAGUAACGCAUGUACUUCAGAUAACUGCUUGUUCAGGAAUGAAAUUUCGGGAAUUAUUAUGAGAUUGCAAUCAAAUUCAGCUAUACAAACAUUUAAAGAAACAGAUUCUGUGAAAAGUAUUGCGUCUGAAAUGGAAACAGAAUGCGAAGAACGAACAAGUGAAUCGUUACGGGAUUUUGUUGUUCCCAAGCAUAAAAAUUCUCUUUCUGCUAAGCGAAUGACAGUAAUGAACAAUAAUGACAAUUUUAAUGUGGAUGAUAAUUUUAACAGUCAAGAUAUAAAAAAUAUAUCGCAGAAUAAAGUACCAAGUCGUAGAGACUAUCCUCCCCGUAAAGAGGAACAUACAACUGUUGAUCAUUCGAAAUCAAGCAAGGAAAAAGAUUCUUCGCUCAAUCAUGGAAAAAUAAGUAACGACAGUAAUAUAAAAUCUAAUCCAGAUUUGAUAAAAAAUGAGUUCAUUGAAGACGUUGAUUUUCUGAAAAUAAGAAUACAAGAACUCGAAGCAACACAUGUGACGGAGAAAAAACAGUUAAUUGAACAGUCUGCGGAAUUAGAAAGAAGUCUUGAGUUAUUGAAGAUAGAAUACGAAGAAUGCGAGGAUUAUUGGACAGCUAAACUAGAAGAAGAAAGACAACUUUUUGAACAAGAACAAAAGAUUAGCGAUGAAAAAUUUUCAGAACUUAUAGCAAAAAUGGAAGAAUAUGAAGAAUUGAUUAGUCCGGUAGAUAAAGUAAAGAAUAAUGGUCGUUUGUCUCCAAUCGAAGAAAAGUUCAGUUUGGAACAACAAUAUUUAGAUCUUGUAGAAGAAUUUGAGAAAUGGAGAGCGCAGACGGAAGAAGAAAAAUCCCAGAAGGACAAAGAAAUUGAAGAUUUGCGUGAAUUGACAUCGUUGAAACGACCGACAAUGACUGAUAUAUCUGUUCAAGUGGCAGACGAUUUUAUUUCCUUCUCGGCAUUAAUGCACUCAAAUUAUGUUCCUAAUAAUUCGUUUAAUAAUCAACCGUCCAGUGAAGCUACAUCCAAGUUCACCCAAUGCAGCGAUAAUAUUCGUAAACUACCAGAAGAAUUUAAAUUCAAUCGAAUUCUAGAGUCUUCAGCCUUAGCAAGUGACUUCAUUGCACAUGUAAAAAAAGAAAACACGGGCAUUAGUGAUUGUAGUAUGAAUCAAAUGUAUACACAAUAUUCUAUGGCAGAUGUAAAUAGUAUGUGCAGGAUUGAAAGAUCAGGGCCUCAGUGGAAGGGGUCGAAUGUCAGUGGAAAGUUUACGAAACAAGAAUGUACGAGUAACACAGAGUUUGACUUAAUGCAAGAUACAUUUAAAUUAGAAAACUUAAAAUCAUCGAAUUGUCAGUGCAUGAGGAACGAUGCAGAGUCGCAAGUGUGUUGCGUAAAUGUAAAUAUAGUACAGAGUUUAAGUAUGAAACUUCAGGAGCAAGAACAUAAGAAACUUCAGUUACAAGAAUUUUUUAAGCAACAACAAUACCAAAUUGAACGUGUACUACAAAAUAUUAUAUCUCAGCAUCAAUUAGAAGUUACAGAAUUACAGUAUUUACUUCGUACUACUCAAGGACGGCUUCAAAUAGAAUUUCAAACAAGUGCAGAACAGGCCGAACGAUUGGCACGGACUGACCUAUUAGUAAAAGAUUUGUACAUAGAAAAUGCAUGUUUAUCAGCCAAUCUGAAGCGUUUACAACAGCACUAUUAUAUGUUAACAGGACUGAAUGCUGAAUCUACUUCACUAUGAUAUUGCAAACAAUCAUUAAUAAUACCACCCACAUGAAUAUUCGGGGAUGUGUCCUCUUUAACGUCAUGAAAUUAUUCCCGCAAGUUCUUAAAAUUACUGAGAGCAAGUUUCAGUAUUAUUUAUGAACUGCUU